CACAAAGCAGAACUUGAACUGGGUCUGGCAUAUUCCACAAAGUAAAGGAGCCUGGAUGGGGAGGGAUGGGCUUUCAGGCCCUGGUGUAUUAUGAUUAAAAAGAACCUGGGAGGCAGCGGGUAGCAUCUCUGGCAGAAAACGGAAAAUUUUUACAGAGGUCCCAACAAAUGUAUUUACUGUUUACUGUAAAUCAUUAGUCCCUCAAUAAAAUAAUAAAAUACUUUUAAAGGAAAUCAGUUAUUUGUUGCACACAGAAUUCUCCCAUAACAGUGUUAGAAGCAUAGAACUGAAACUCCCCAAAGUGGAAAAAAAAAACAAAAAACCCACUAGGUGUGAAAACUCCUACCUCUAGAACAUCUGUGGUAAGAAAGUCAACUUAACGCCUGUGAGAUCAAAACUGCGUCUUCAGAUUCUCCGUCCUCUACCACACUGUUUGGAUUGCCUAAGUCUAAACCAAUAACAUGACUAAGUUUACUUCUUUUUCUCUAUCUUUUCUACUUGCUGCAGCUUAUAUGACUCCAAAGUGUUUCAGCGUGGAAAUUAUUGGAGGGAAGGAAGUGUCACCUCACUCUAGACCCUUUAUGGCUUCCAUCCAGUAUGGUGGUCAUCACAUUUGUGGGGGAGUGCUGAUCCAUCCUGAGUGGGUGCUCACAGCAGCUCAUUGCUAUAGUUGGUUUACCAAAAACAAGCCUUCCAAGGUGGUUUUAGGAGCACACUCCCUCUCAAAGGAUGAAGACUCCAGACAAAUAUUGAAUAUUAAAAAAAUUAUACCAUUCUCAAAAUUUACAUCAAAUCCUCAGUCAAAUGACAUUAUGAUGGUUAAGCUUGACAGGGCCGCAACACUCAACAAGUAUGUCCAGCUGCUCCACCCAAAGACCAAAAACGAUAUUAGAGCUGGAACCAAAUGCCAGGUUACUGGCUGGGGAGCCACCAAGCAGGAAACUCUAACACCCUCUGAUACUCUGCAAGAAGUCACGGUGACUGUCUUAAACAGAAAACUUUGCAACAGCCGAAACUAUUACAACCACCGCCCUAUUAUAACUAAAGACAUGAUAUGUGCAGGAGACAUCAAAGGCCAGAAGGAUUCCUGCCAGGGUGACUCGGGUGGUCCCUUGGUCUGCAAAGGUAACUUCUAUGCCCUGGUCUCUGGUGGGGACAAAUGUGGCAAAGCCAAGAAGCCUGGAAUCUACACCCUAUUAACCAAGAAGUACCAGACUUGGAUCAAAAACCAUCUUGCUCCCUCUCGUGGAAACUAAGACAACACAUUCGUUUUCUUGGAUUUUCCAGUUUCUUACACUCUGUUUUGCAUACUAUGCUGUGCAGGCAAACACUGUCUGCAGAUGGAAUUGGAUGGAGUCAAAACCGAGUCCCAAUGGGUCACUUUUGCCCCCCCCCCCCCGCCCUUAGGACUGAUUUUGUGAAAGUACAUGCAUCACUGAUGCAUUUCUGUUAUGCUGAUCUCAUUCUGAAUAAAAUUUAGACAACUCUCUCAUUGAAACAGAA